CGCGGGCUGUCGGGAUCAUGUCCGCCAUGUUUUCACACCAGCCGAGAAAAAAAAGCCCGUGGAAAACCACCAUAACUCGCUCAGAUAUGCCUUUAACAACCGGCUUUCGGUCGAAGGUACGUCAGUGAGCGCGGCCGCGGAUAUAACCGUCGGCUCGUGUGUGUUUUUGAACCGAAUGAUCCGUGUUUAGUGUGUUUGUGUUCGCCGAAAACAAUGAGUAAACUCUCGUUCCGCGCGCGAGCGCUAGACGCCGCCAAACCGCUGCCGAUCUACCGUAAUAGAGACCUCCCGGACCUCACCGACUGCGUCUCCAUCAACCGAGCGGUACCGCAAAUGCCAACCGGGAUGGAAAAGGAAGAGGAGACGGAACACCAUCUCCAGAGGGCCAUCUCCGCCCAGCAGGUGUUCAGGGAGAAGAAGGAGAGCAUGGUCAUCCCUGUGCCCGAGGCCGAAAGUAACGUCACGUACUACGACCGCCUUUAUAAAGGAGAGUUCCGCGUCCCUAAACAGCUCAUCUACGUCCAGCCUCUUGGUCUGGAUUACGAACUGCCCGACUAUGAUAUGGACUCAGAAGACGAGACUUUAUUGAACAGACUGAACCGUAAGAUGGAGCUCAAACCUGUGCAGUUUGAGACCAUGAUGGACCGGUUAGAGAAAGCCAGCACCAACCAGUUGGUCACUUUUCAAGAGGCCAAGCUGCUGCUAAAUGAAGAUGACUACCUGUUGAAGUCAGUGUAUGACUACUGGGUAAGGAAGAGGAAGAAUUGCCGGGGUCCGUCGCUCAUCCCGCAUAUCAAGCAGGAGAAGAGAGACGGCUCCACCAACAGUGAUGCUUACGUGGCUUUCAGGCGUCGCACGGAAAAGAUGCAGACGAGAAAGAAUCGCAAGAAUGACGAGGCGUCUUACGAGAAGAUGCUGAAGCUGAGGAGAGAGUUCAGUCGAACCAUGAGCAUCCUGGAGAUGAUCAAGAAGAGAGAGAAGAGUAAAAGGGAACUGCUGCAUCUCACGCUGGAGGUGGUUGAGAAAAGGUAUCAGAUUGAAGACUACUCUGGAGAGAUCCUUAAUGAAGUCACUGCCCCUCUGGCAGAGAAACCCAUUUACGCCGCACCCAUAUCCUUACCCAAUGGCAACCGGCAUAAGACCGAAAGCAAAAUUAAGUCACACAAAUCUGGACCCAAACACAUGCACCCCUUUACAGUCAAGGCCGAACCUCACUUCGACUUUGUGCAUUCUUAUAAGAAUUACACAAAGAGGCCCAGACUGGAGGUGUUGCGCCAGCCUGGUCGGCCAGAGCGGCAGCCAAUCGUCAACAAGGCAGACAUUAAACAGUAUGACUUCCACAGCUCAGGAGAGGAAGAUUACCCACUGUCUCCAGCAUCCGAGCCGGAUGAAGAGAACGAUCCAGACGGAAUCUUUGCUUUCAGACGGAAAGCUGGCUGCAGUUACUAUGCUCCGUUGACUGAGCAGAGCUGCGCUCCACACCGGCAGCAGACGGAUCAGGACCAGCUUUGGCAGAGGAACUGUCUCACCGCCCUCUCGGUGCCCAGAUGCUGUACCGCGGUAGCAUGCAGGAGGGUGGGCAGAGGUGGCAGGGUUCUUUUGGAUCGCACCUCCUCGGAUCUAGACCGGACCCUCAGGCACCUGGACCCUGAUGUGUUUUAUCCGUCCUCUGACUCUAGAGUACCUGACCUUCCCGUCCACACAAACACAAACUCUCAUACAUUCUCCACAUCGAGCCCUCAGUGCUCACUAACUCAGAUUCUGAGUGACAUUAAGGCCUGCAGGUGGAAGUUUUUCCGCCCUCGGCCUCUGCAGGAAAACUCAAGGGGUGAGGACAAAAAAGGGACUCAACAGGUGGAGAAAAGCGGAGUGUCGCCUCUGUCUAAUGGUGUGUCAGGUGGGAUCACAGAAGAGCAGUUUCAGUCCCAUCAGCAGCAGCUGGUUCAGAUGCACAAACAGUUAAAACAACAGGAACUCCAGCUGAACUCAACAGCACCAGAACCCCGCACACACCCACCUAACACUGUCUCUUCUGACUGCAUGUCUAAGACUUUGGACUCAGCCAGUGCACAUUUUGCUGCGUCUGCAGUCGUCAGCACUCCCAACAAUGAAAACAGACCCCAGGGUGCUAGUGUGAAUGGCAUCCUUCCUAAUUCAGGCAACUUUAGACAAGCCAAAUUGAACCGCUCCGCACAGAGUGGAGGCCCCCAGCUGCCUGUACCUCAGUCUCUGCCCCACGGCCGCAGUCACCUGAGCACUGUGAGCGCCGUCUCUCCAGCACACAUGCACCACAGCGCCCGUCCGUGUGCUCCCUCAGCCUUAAAGCUGGCCAGCGUCGCAAGCAGCCUGGACCGGGUAUCAAAAGUCACCCCCACCAGUGCCAUCGAUAGCAUUGCCAGGGAGAAUCACGAACCGGAAAGGCUUGCUCUCAAUGGCUUAUCAGAGACCACAGUUGCCAUGGAGGUCACAUAACCCAUCCAAAAACACAGACUUGAGCACCGAGAUGUGUGCGCUUCUACACGGACUCGUACCCAAAAGCAGCAUAUCAAAAUAUUAAGAGAAAUUUGUCAAUAUUAUAAGUGUACAUUUUGUAAAAUUGGGAAUUGUCACUACCUUGUAAAAUAGUAUAUUUGUAUCAUUAGUGUGUCAUUUCUGUUACUUGAAUUCUAGAUUUUUUUGUCAUCAUGCUUUUGCACUUGAAAAUGCAAGCAAGACAAGUGCAUCAGUUCAUGUUGGGAUCAUGAGCAUGAAAGUAGGUCCUGCGUCACUUGUUUUAACUAUUUAUUUUGCAAUGUUUACAUUUUUGUAUCUCGUACAAAUAAAUCCGAUUUUGUGACCACAAAAUGCAGACAUAGCUAGUACACCAUGCUUUUGUGCUUUUUUUAUAGGAAGGAGAAAGAGCUCUGUUUGCUUCCACAGAAUAAGAAAGUGUCAUUUCAAAAGUGAAGCUCUUCCCCACUUGAGAUGUCAAUAUUUUUACUGUUUUUCUAGUUUUCCUUCCUCUCAUUGUCUUAUCAGGAAUAGAAUGUAAAUUUUGGAGACCAGUGGCCUCCAUCAGAAUGUACGUACUAUGAGCGUCCGUGAGAAAUCUAGCAGACGAUAUUUAAUCGGGCACUGUGUUUUGCUCCCUGACUUGUCCUGUCUAAGUACUGAGUCAGUCAAACACUCAUUUGUCUUGUUAAUGAGUGUUGGCUGUUGUUGGUUAACUAGUUUGAAACACAUGCUGUUGAAGGCUUUAAAAAGCUGUAAUGGAAGUAAGUCUACAGGUCACAAAUAUUGUCAAUUCAUUUUGCUUAUGAAUGCUGAAAUUUAUACAUUCUCAAUUCAGUGUCUUCAAAUAAAUUUCCCCUCGUCAAAGCACCUUUUAAAUGACAUGAGUGAAUCUGCUACUGCUGCUGCCCAUUCUAUUUGACUGUCCUACUUGUAAAUUAAAAAUUGUCAAUGGAAGUGAUGCACCAAACACCUCUGUAAUAUCUGUUAUUUCAAAAGAACAGGACAUCUGUCCUUUAUAGUGAGUAUUGGGCCAAAUUGCCAUUCUGGUCUGAGGUGAUUAUGUGAAUUAAACAGUAUUAUGCAUUAUAAGACAUGUAAAUCUACCUGUUCGUUUAAUAAUAUAUAGUGUGGAUAAACAAGGAUGUGUCUGCGAAAACAAAAUGCCAAUCUUGCACAUUGUAGACCUACAGUAUAUGGGAUUGAUGGAGAUACUGUUAAUGACCUCUUGACUAAAAAAUGGUAUUCGUUUUAAAAUCUGUUGGUAAUUUUAGGUUUUAUUUAAUCGAAUGGCAAAAAACAAAAAAGUUUUGGAUUCCACAAUUCUUAAAAAAAGUCACCCACAUACAGGUCUGUUUUCUCCCACCUUCUGGUCAGCAGUACCUGUACAGUGCUUCUUAAGAAAUGACCUGCUGAGACCAUAACAACCUUCAUGACACAUGCUGAAGUUUACUCUUCGUUUACUCCUAAACAUGCAAUGGUGCAAGAUGCAAAUUUUCUUUAUUUUAUGUCCUCAGAUGAAAAUGUGUGCUAAAUUGUAAAGUACUGCACAGAUUAUAGUUGAAUAUUGUCAGACAGGCUUUGAGUGAGCAUUACAAUGUAUUUUUACUCUUUAUAUUAACAGACUGGUCUUUUUUGAAGACAGGUGAUCAUAUAUACAAAGCAAUGUUAAAAAAUGUCUUAUUUAUGCACACAUUUUUCUUGUGUUGACACGGUGUAUGUAUGCUUAAUUACCUGAAACUAACAGAGCCCAUUUGAAUAAACAUUAAUAAUUCACUUUAAUGUACAUAAAUUCCUUAAACUGUAAUGCAUUUAGCAAUUCAACAUAAUGGUUCAGAUUACAAACCUAUUUGCUAUUAGAACAGUAAAAUGCAACAGAUAUAAGAUGUUUUACCAGUGUAGAACGCUCUUUAAUUUAGAAAUAUAAAACGAUCAAAUUAAACUUUAUGGAAAUACAACAGGUCUGAAUUACUGACCCAGUCUUUUCUAUUCAGAAUUGAUUAAACUGUUCAUGUAUUUUGGAUCUAACAUUUAUAAAACAGUCAGACACAUUACAGUGCAUAAACAAACAUUAAAUCUAUUUGUGCAGAAAAUGUAUGAAAAAUAAAAUCUUCACAUUUUUAUUUUGUAAAGUGUGAAUAGGAAGAUAAACUUAUGAAAACCCAUAGCCAGGAAACAACCAGAAAAGCUUUAGACUGCAUAGUAGACAAUAGUUGAAAAGCUGCUGCUGUGUGUAUUUCUCUUCCCUUGUUUUGUUCACUCGGUGACAUUCCUCAAGGUUCACAGAUCAUGGUCUCCACAACAAACUUGUUUUCAAAGUGGCGAAUCUUGCGGCAGUUCAGGG